CGGUUUUGUUACUAAUAAUAAUAAUUUAAAAAGUUAUAUUAACUAUUGUGUGUGUCCAAUGGAUUAUUGUAUGGGAGAUGGAAUGGAGCGCGUUGUGACGAGCGAGACGCAUUCGAUGUUUUGUUUUUAAAAAUAAUGUUAAGUUGGUGCAAAAUGUUUUCGGCGUGAUAAGAACUUUGUAGUGCUUCCACAAAAAUGGACAGUUUAUUGCCUUCGGAGAUAGCAAGAUUAGUUCUUGGGUACCUCGAGGAUCAAAAGUGUGAUGAAGCUGCCAAAACGUUUUUAGAAACAUCUCCUCAUUUGGAGGAAUGUCGUAUGGUCCUCGCCAGAGGCAAAAGAUUUACAAGAACAGUUAGCGACAUGAAUCUAACUGAUAUUUUGGAUAAAUAUUCAUCAAUACACACCCUGGUGCAAGAGAAGCUGAGUAAAGUUCCUGAUUGCGAACAAUUAAAGCAAUCCGGAGAUUUUCUUGAGCAUCUCAGAUUUCUGAUAGAUGCCUCCCGAAGUCAGCGAUUUGUUGUAAAUAUUAAUGUACCCACGCAGAAUGCCGUUCCAACUACUGGCGGAUCUCCGAUCAUAGCUAGUAGUGCAAGAAAAAGGCAGCGAAGCGGAAGUGAUCGGGAACGUGAUCGCUGUAAACGUUUUGCCAAAUCGCAGUCUGAUGUACCAGAGAAGCUUAAUAAUUCCGAGAACAUUCAGCUAUAUUGUGAUACAGUGGAAGCAACUCCAGUAGAAAGUUUACCAGGUCACAUUGAGUCAACAAAGUCUGAUGCAACAGGGAAGUCUUCAUCUCUCAAGCAAAAGAGUAAAGAAAGUCUUAAUCUUAGCCAAAGUGGAGACAAUGAAUACGGAACAAUACCCUAUCUUCCUGAAACAUUUACAGGGCAAUCAGAGAAUGCGGUACCUUUCAAUCAAAGUCCUCCAAAAUAUGAGAACGGAAAUAAUGUUAGGUGCAAUAAUGGUGAAACGCCAAGUAAAUGUACAAUGGCUACUAGUACGGAUGAAUUGAUAAAAAGUUAUCCCAGUACCGGAGUACAAACAGCACCAUGGGAUGUUCCAGAUUUAGGACGAACGACGAGCAACGAACCUCUUCAAAACUUGAGCUUACUCACCAAAGAGUUGUUAAACCGUAAAGAACUACACGAGCGAAUAGCUGAUAACAUCAACAAGAGUUUUCUGCCUUCCGACUCAUCACCUUUCAAAGAAGACGCAUUUGGCGCUAACACUUCCUUUCUGAAUUUGAACAAUUCAGACAUUGUUAAGUCAAUUGUUCAUGCGACUGAUAACGAUCCGGCAUUUCAGCAGUUUGUUCAUGAUUUCAUCAAGCCUAUUGCAGAAACGGACACGAGUCCAGACGAAGAUUUAGACUCUGUAAAUAAACCCGAAUUCGUUGAGAGGGAGAAGCAGCAAGAACUCGAUGAAAAUAUUUUAAAUGACAUGGAUCUCACAAUACCCGAAGGAAAUGAUAAUAGAAUAGAACAAAUGAGUUGUUCAGCGGAAGUGCCAUUAAAAGAAAGACUGCGCAGUUCCUCUAGACAGCAAAAUUUCCGGCCCGAAAGUGAAGGAAAUAAGCAAGUCGAGCCAGGGAAAGAAGUGAAAUCAUUGGAAGAUCAGAAUGCCGCUGCUAUUCAAAGUAUUAUAAAUGCUAAUUUCGCAUACACCGUACCACCUAACAUCGAGCCGCCAUCCAAUAAAUCACCAGAAAUUGAAAAUAAUCUAAUCAGUGCAGAAGAAGGAACCAAGGAACCUGAAACUAAACCCAGAGAUGCAGUACCUCAGAGCAAAACGGUUGAUCUGAAUCUUUCCAACUCAGAAAGUAACGAUAGUAUCCAAAUUAUUGAAAGUUCGCGUGAAGUUCAGAAAAUUAAGACAGAAAGGACUAUAUUUGAAACUACUGUCACUAAAAGUAAGGAUAAGAAAAUAUCGAAAAGAAAAGAAACAAAGCCGGUGAAAAAAGUGCCUACUGAAAUUCAAGAACCGGUCCCGGAGGAAAACAUUAUGGUUAUGCCAACUUUGAUUCCAUGCGGAAGGAAUGAUGCUGGGAGCUUUUUAGCAGUCGUGCCUUCAUAUCCACCUACACAAAAUGUGUUUAUGCCAGCCGCAUCGAAUUCUCAAUUUAUACCCAUUGUUCCAAAACAUUCGAAAGGUGGUGUCCAUGCACCAAUUUACUGUAAAACAGUAAAUGUGCCUCACAGAGUUAACCCAGACAAGCCAAAGCCGAUCGUUCCCAAAAUACAUCCAGAAUCAGUACAUGUGCCGAAAAAGCUUCCACAAAUUUUACAAAAACAUGCGCCACUAGCUUUUUCGAAACUGAUGCCAGUAAAUUUGUCGAAACUGGUGCCAGUAACUUUGCCGAGCCCGAAACCAGUAGCAGUAACGCAAAAUAAGUCCCUAGCUUUAACGAUAACAACACAAACUUUACCGAAAGGAGCAACAAUAACGUUCCCGAUUGCGAAAACAGUAGCAUCAACCGAAUUAACAGCAGCCACUCCAGUGGUAUUUGCCCAACCGAUAGUUCCAGCAGCUCACGUAAAACAUCAAUUACCAAAGUCACUUCCGAAUAUCGAACUGGACAGUUGUGACAAUUUCACGAAACCAAUCCAUAUCCAAACCGAGUCUUUCAAAGAUUCAAAUUGGAAGGAGUCAAAUGUUGAAGUUUUCAAUUUCAAAGAAGAGAAUGCUACAGAAAUAAUUUUACAAGAACCAAGUCCUCAAGAAUCAGCUGUCGAAGCAUCUAGCUCUGCCUCCGUCUCUGACAAUAAAAAUCCGGCUAUCGAUUCGAUAACACUCUACGCGAAUGAAAAUAGUAAGCCCUCACUCUUAGAAUCUGCAGGAUUACCAUCUUUUAGCAUAGAUGAUUCACUGUCCUUCUCGAUAUCAGGCCUUUCCCCAUAUCUGAAACCGAAGCCAAGUAAAGAAUCAGCAAUAAAGAAUGUACCCUCUUGCAAAGAAAAUAUUAAUGCAACCCAGAACACUGCAGAUACUUCAUCUGUGUCUUCAAUCAUGAAGAGGAGCGACAUGCUUACCAAAAGAACUCCAAAAUCUCUGAUUAAAAGUAGAUCUAAAAAUCAUAGACUGAGUUUAUCGACUCCCCGAAGACGUAACAGUCAUGUCAGGGCUUUAGAUUUUGGAACUCCCGCAAAAUCCUCGAGUUCUGUCAAGAAAUCGGGUAGCAAGAGUUCACCGAGUGCACACAACCGCUCGAAAUCGGCCUGCAGAACAUCAUUGUUUAAAUCGCCACCUUUCAGCAAUUCCUCACCCGUUUCGUCAAAACUGAAAAGCCCAGAAAAAGAUGCUCGUACUUACAAAGUGCCAAUAGCAACAAGAAGUCCGGCUCCUAAAUUAAAAGGUGGCUGGGAAAAGUACACGGGAGUGGACAUGAUUUUAGGUGAUAAUAGUAACUCGAAUCCUCCUUUUUUAGAUAAACCAGAGUCGCAACCUCCACCUGCUACACCAGCAACAUUAAGAAGUUGGGAUAGUGAUUUACGUCUCGCUUUAGCAGCAAGUGUAGAAGAGCCUCCUAAGAAAGAAGUUCGAAAAAUUGUGCGAAGAGUCAGGAAAAGUAAAACUCCAGCGAAAGGUAAAAAAAGAAAAUCGCUAGAUUUCAAGGAGAGCAAGAAAAAUGCAAAAACUCCUGCUAAAGAUGAGAUUUCACUUGAACAGGAAGUAAAUUCAAGUGAAAACGUGACUGAUCCUACAGAUUUAACAGAAGUUGCUUCAAUUAAUACUACUCCUUCUUCUACGCCAUCCAAACCUCAAGUCCACCAAUCCGCUUCGAAACUUGACGAAAUUUCUGAUCCAGUUCUAAAACCCGUCGAAAUUCCUCCAACCUUGAAACCUUCUACCUCAAAAAUCUCUCCUGCGACCAUUUCAAAGAAUAUGGUUAAAAUAAUUGAAAAGACGUAUGGUGAGAAAAUAAAGAAAUACGCUCAGUUGACAUCUGUGCCAAGAACACAAGUUAAACUCAACGCGGAGUUUUUGAAAUUCUCGCCAAAAAAUACUUCCAAGUUUGUGAAAAUGCCGAACCUUAAAGAUUUGGAGACUCCGCAGAAACUGGAAACUUCUAGCGGUAUUCCUCCGACGCCAAGAUUUCUAAGUCCAACUAGUAGUUCCGUGACACCUUUUACAAAAAUCACUCGUGCCGAAGACUCAAGUAAACUGCCAGGAAUGUACCCUACGCCCGAUUGCCUUCCGCCAACACCCAGCAUUGUAUUCACACCAAAUUUGGCUGGCGAAAAUACGAAAGAUGCGAUAAAUAAAGGAGGACACAGUUCUUGCUCGCCUUAUUAUCAACCUAGUUCCGAAUUAGCUGAAGAUCCAGAGAAACAGUUGAAGGAUGAUUUGAAGAAGACUACGGAAAUUCGCACAGUUAUCAGUACUUGUGAUACGAAGGUUACCGAAUUUCAGGUCAUUAAAGGCAAUCUACGGAAAGAGGAAGCUGCCAAGGAAGAACUUGUAAUUUCCUCAAGUUCCAUAGAGGUUUCAGAGUCUGUCACAAUCAGAGAAGAAGUCUCUUCUGUGAUUCAAGAUCCUGAUGUAUCAGCGGAGUCAAUUGAUAAAAGUUCGCAGACAAGCGAUGACGAAUCCUCCGAUAGUGGAAGCAAUUCUUCUUCCAGUUUAUCUUCGACAUCAUCUUCAUCCUCUUCUGGCAGUUCAAUCACAUCAGCCACUCAAACGCCUCUUUCUUCUGCAAAAAAGAAUCCCAAUAAGUCGGAUAAAACCUGCACGGAUACAAGUGCUGAUUCUUUACUGAUGACGUCUCCUGGAGUGACUCAGGAAGAUCCAGUGCCAGUUGAAGAAGAGGAACAUUUUGAAAAUCCCGAGUCGCAGGAUCACGAGAUUCAUAAGCCAGAAAUCAAAGAUUUUGAGAUUAAAAUUCCAGAAAUGAAAGAAGAUUCUCCCCAGAAAAUGUUUUCGGUAACAAAUACUGAAGACAAUGAAGAGACGGAAACUCCAGCUAAGAACGAUUUGCUACUCGAGGCUGAUAUUUCGGAAACUCCAAGUAGUUCAAAAGUAGGGACUGAUACUCCAACCAAUUUGAAUACCAAGAUUUCAGCUAUCAUGAUUUCAAAUGAGAAUAAAUUGAAGAAUAUGGAGAAAAAGGUGUGCACGAAACCUACAAUAGUUUCUAUACAGCGAAUAGAAGAACCGAUCGAUUGCAGCGCAUUAAAAGUCGCACAAAUUUUGGCCAAUCCUGUCGAUAACAAACCCGGCCCGAGUCUUCAAGGACGAACAGCCAAUCCCGUGGACGAUGCGCUUCGAUUGGAACUGGAAAUGAAACGUGAAAGAUUGAAAUCGUUCCUUGGUGAACAAUCCAGAGGAAAUGUAAGAGGAAGAGGUGCUGCGGGAAGACGUGGUCGAUAUUCAGUUGGGCGAAAAGCAGUGCGAAUUGUAAACAUGAAAAACGCGAAGCUUGCGCCACCCACUGAAGAAGAUAGGCCUGUUGAAAACAAUUUUGAAUUAGAAGUGGAAACGAAAGAGGAAAAAGUUUCUGACGAGGAAAUUAAUAGUGAAACUGCUGCUGAAGAUAACGAUCUUCAAACGAUUGAGGAAAGUAAGCAAUCCCUAACAUCGAAUACUAAGAAAGGAAAAACUGUGAAAAAACCUAAACCGCCUAAAGUAACAGCGAAGAAAGAAAAUGUCUCAGAAAGCAAAGAACCUUCAUGCGAAAUGGAGAAUAAAUUAGGUUCAAAAAAUAAAGUAAAAGAUAAAGGUGAACAAGUUGAGAGCAAAGUGAAAGAAAUUGUUUUAAGCCUCGAGGAACAAAAAUGUGCUAUGAAGGCUAAAGUAGAUCAGGUGAAGCGCGAUUUAUUCAGUGAUGAAGAAGUUUGUGAUCAGAGAACGACUCGCUCGAAAACUCGUCAAAUAGAAGAUGCUCAAAAAAGCGAUACAAGUGAUCAGAAUAUUGAUUCAGUAAAAAAUUCGACCCUGAAUUCACAAGAAAUUCUCGAGUGUCUACAGUUAGUACCCGCAAAUAAAAGUGAAAUUCAUGACGAAAGUUCUGGACUUCAGAAUGCCUCAGACUCGAAUCAACGAGUGUACCAUUUUGUGUUCGAUGAAAGAACGGCAGUUAGAAAGAGGAAACGAAAAUUCAGCCAGUCUGAUUUGCAAGUUUAUAUUGAGGGUGAAGAUGGCGAAGAAGACGGGAAAUUCUUGACGAACACUCCGUAUGAGGAAUUAUUUAAUAUGCUGCCGAAACCGAAGAAAAGAGUUAGAAAAAAUCCGGUUAACAGCAUCAAACAUGCUGUGGAACUUGGCAGUUACGAAAAACCAUUGGCUGCAUCGUCUCCUAUUUUCAAAGCAACGAUAUCACAAGCGAGUGGGAAAAUUGUGGCGGGAAAGAAGAAAGAUGAGGCUGGAGAGGGAGAUAUUGCUAAAAAUGACAAAGGAAAAGCUGUUGUUGAGAAAGAGAAGCAGAAAGGAAAGUGUCGAAAAACGAAAGCAUUAAUUGUACUGGAACAAGAACAGGAUAAACCGACGUUGAACGCUGCAAUUCCAGUAGUACUUGAUAAAUUAAACGUGGACGAAUUUUUGGCUAAACUUCACGGUCCCCAUUGAUCUCAUUUGACAUUUUGUAAAGCUCACAUUUAGUUUAUAGUUUGAGAGAAUGAAUAGUAGGACCUCUUGGAUCGGACCUCGAAUUUUUCGUUUUCAUAUUUAAAGUUUAGUAUGAUUAAUAAUUUCAGUUUUUAAUUUUUAUUCGACAAUAAAAAAAAAUGGUUAUAAAAGUUAUAAUUAUUGCCACAUGUCGACUUUUAAACUUAUAUUGAAAAUUUCAGAUCCGACCCAAAAGGUCCUGCUGUAUUUGAUUCGAUGAAUUAUUAAGAAUUCUUAAACGUCGACAAGAGAACAUUUAAAACUCUAUUUUUUAACAAAAAAAAAGGUUUUUCCGAAAUUUAUCAAUUUUUAAAAAAAUUCACUUAAUAGUUACCAUAAUAUGUUUCUAAUUAAACGUAUGACUUUUAAUUGUUCAGUCUUAUUCGAUUAUUUAAUUUAAAAAAUUUUAUUUUAUAAUUGAAAGAAGGCAGCGAUAAAUUAUCAACUCAAUUGGUUAAUAUUUCGCUAAUAUUAUUAAAUCUUCUUGUACAUACUUUUUAGCUAUUCAAGGAUUUGUUAGAUUCAAUCGUUUGUUUGAAUUUAAGAGCAAUCUUGAAAAAAUGCAAAAAUAAAAAAAGAUUUAUGACUAUGCCUCGCUAUUAUUUUAUUAUUAAGAAAGGUAGCUAUCCUUCAACGAAAAUGAAUUUAUACAUAAUUGUAAAAUGAUAAAACUUGAAUUUAUUAUUACGCUAAUUCGCAUCAGAAAUUUUGUUAAGAGGACUUAUACCUUGGACUCUGCGUUUUAUACAUUUUUUAAUGGCUCAUAUUGACCCUUAUUUUUGAAGUUUUGUCUUUUCAUUUCUAUGAUUUCUGGUUCUAAACCCGAACAUUUCAGAAAUGUGUGUGAAUAACGUGAAUGAAUAUAAAUAUGUUAAUAAUUGUAAAGUUGCAUAGGGUGGUUAUAAAAAUGAUUUAUUUGUACUCUUUUUUAUACCAUGACAAACGUUGAAUAAUUUUCAUUAAAUUACAUAAAACACUGAA